CACCGUUACCAUGGAUAUCAUCUGAUGAGGAAGCUGUUCAAACAACAGAUAAGGAUUGGAUAUAAAAAAGGAAAAACAAAAACAAAAACAAAAGCAAAGUAAAAACCCCAACAAUAGAAAGAAACAAAAGCCCCAAUAAAACUGACAAAACCCCCCGGCAAAAUAUUGUCGAUCUUUUUCUCUUGUACGGGAAAGUCACUUCCUUCCACUGGCAAACUCCUAGAACUCUCCAAAAGAGUCUCCUUACACAAGCCAAAACACAAAAGAAGCAUCCUGCCCACCAUUCCAUCGCGGCCGGGUGAGGUCCGGGUUGACUCGGAGCGUUUGAAGGUCAAAAGGGAUGGAAAAUAGUUCUCUUAUUUUGGAUGGCCAAAAACGGGUGCCCUUAGGUCUGGUUGUAUCUGAUUGUGCUAAAAGAUGGUUUCAAGAUACAUUAAAGGAAGCAAAGACUGGUGAUAUUACCAUGCAAGUUCUUGUGGGUCAGAUGUAUUUUAAUGGCUAUGGUGUCCCUAAAGAUGUUGAAAAGGGAAGUGAUUGGAUGAGUAGAGCUUCGAAACGUCGAAUGUCGGUGUGGAAAGUAAGCGAUAAACGUCCAGGUUAUAAUGCAAGUGACUCAGAUUCAGAUGAAGUGGAGGAUGACAGGAAAUAAGACCAGACAUUCUUAGUCUUGACAAAAUCACAAACGAGAAUGCAAGUGUAUUUUUCAGCUGCGCUGUCUCUUUGAAAGUCCAGAUGCUGAUGAUAUCCUUCCCACCUGUUAAACUUUUUUGAUUUAGUUUUCCCUUGUAUUAUCCAACUAUAGCCUCUAGGUAUGUUUUCUCAUUUGUAGUGUGGUGUUUUUGCAUUUAAAUUUUGGGCCCUGGUUCAUAUGUUUCCGGACCAUUUCCGGAAAGAAUUUCUCCUGUCUCUCUUUCUACUCUUUCUUUACCACAAACUGUUUAGCACACAAUGUGGAAUGAAGAGGUUGCGCAUAUGGUUUCGCUUAGAAACAUCUUCGAUUAUGUCUUUUAUUGGUCCUUUGGUACAUUUGCCUCGAGCAAAGAAACAGGAAUGUUGCAUAUAAAACGUGUUUUACUAA